AUGUGGGCUGUGCUGUGGCUGCUUCUGGCCCCUGGGGCAGACACUGCCAGCUCCAGGCAGCCCUGCUGCCUCGCUACGGCCGCCUGCCUCCUGGCCUUGGCAAUAGGUCAGGCCUGCAAUGAGGUGCAGGUAUUUCAGCCCGAGCACAGCACUGUGGGCAUGGCCCGGGUGCCCCGACUCCUCCUGGUGCAUGCUGUGGCUGCGCGUGUCCCGGCAUUGCGGCACACGCGGCCCUGGCUUGGCUGUUGCCCUGGCCACGCCACCAGCACCCACGUGCAUGACUACAUCAUGCAAGUCCCUUCUGCGAGAGGCUGCCGAAUCCGGCAGCCUGCCCGCAGCGUGCCCCCCGGCUGGACCCAUGCCGGCCGCGUGAACCCCAGCCACGAAGUGCAGCUGACCUUCGCCCUCCGGCAGCGAGGCACGGGGCGCCUUGCCCGGCUCGUCGAUGCCGUCUCAGACCCCCGCUCGCCACGAUACGGCCAGUACCUGUCCCUGGAGCAGGUGCGGGACUUCGUCCAGCCGUCCCCAGCCACACUUAUGGCAGUGCUGAAGUGGCUGCAAGGCUAUGGUGUUGAGGACUGCAGGAGUGUUACCACCCUGGAUUUCCUGGAGUGCUGCAUGCCGGUGAGCACGGCUGAGCACCUCCUGCCAGGGGCUGAAUUCCACCGCUACGUGAAGGGCCAGCGCAGCGUUGUGCGCUCCCCGCUCCCCUACACUGUCCCCGAGGAGCUGGCUGAGCACGUUGACUUUGUGGGUGGUCUGCACCGGUUCCCCACAGAGAGGAAGGUGGUCAGCAGAGCCUUGGCCAAGAAGGAAACGGAGUCAAGGGAGCACUAUGGAGGGAGAGCGGCUUUCCACCUGGGCGUGACGCCGUCCAUCAUUCGUAAGAGAUACAACAUGACAGGAGGAGACGUCGGGCUGCUGCCAAACAACAGCCAGGCCUGUGCCCAGUUCUUGGAACAGUAUUUCCACCAGGCUGACCUGGCUGAGUUUAUGCAGCUGUUCGGCAGCAGCUUUGGCCACCGCUCUCAGGUUGACCAAGUGGUUGGGCACCAGAGCAAGGGCAAGGCUGGGCUGGAGGCCAGUCUGGACGUGGAAUACAUCAUGAGCACGGGUGCCAACAUCUCCACGUGGGUCUUCAGCAAUGCAGGGAGGCACGAGAGCCAGGAGCCCUUCCUGGCCUGGCUGCUGCUGCUCAGCAACAUGUCAUCGCUGCCUCGGGUGCACUCUGUGAGCUACGGGGAUGAUGAGGACAGCCUGUCGCUAGCCUACAUGGAGCGUGUAAACGUGGAGUUCAUGAAGGCAGCUGCCCGGGGCUUGACCAUCCUGUUUGCCUCGGGUGACGAUGGCGCUGGGUGCAGAAGGGUGCCCGGCGGGAACCACACUUUCCGGCCCAGCUUUCCAGCCUCCAGUCCCUACGUCACCACCGUGGGCGGAACGUCCUUCAAGAACCCCUUCCUGGUGACUGCGGAGGUGACGGACUACAUUAGCGGCGGGGGCUUCAGCAACGUCUUCCCCAUGCCCGAUUACCAGGCCGCUGCAGUCAGGCGUUUUUUGGGCUCGGCCUCGAAGCUGCCUCCCAGUUCCUACUACAACAGCAGCGGCCGUGCCUACCCCGACCUGUCCGCCCUUUCUGACAACUACUGGGUGGUGACAAACCGCAUCCCGCUGCCCUGGGUGUCGGGGACAUCGGCGUCCACGCCCGUGGUGGGGGGCAUGGUGGCCCUCAUCAACGACCGGCGCCUGCAGCGGGGGCUCGCGCCCCUGGGCUUCCUCAACCCCGCGCUCUACCAGCUGCAGGAGCGGGGGCACGACGCUGCGCUCUACGACGUGAGCUGGGCCGGGGCCCCCCCCGAAGGGGCUCUCUCCAAUGGGGUCUACGUGCCCCCCAGCGCGGCCAACGGGGACGUGAAGCCGGUGGUCUCCACCACGCCGCUGGUGGACUUCCUGAUGCAGCUGGAGGACUACACGCCCACGAUCCCGGACGCCGUCACGGGCUAUUACCUCAACAGGGCGGGAUUCGAGGCCUCCGACCCACGCAUCAUCCGUUUGAUCUCUUUGGCCGCGCAGAAGUUUAUUUCUGACAUCGCCAACGAUGCGCUGCAGCACUGCAAGAUGAAGGGAACGGCCUCGGGCAGCUCCCGCAAUAAGAGCAAGGAUAAGAAGUACACGCUGACCAUGGAAGACCUGACACCAGCACUUGCAGAAUAUGGCAUCAAUGUGAAAAAGCCACAUUACUUCACAUAAAGACUGAGGGAUUGUCACUGGGAACUUUUUUAGGGUUGCUUCUGUGCCAUUAAACAGCUGGGUAGUUUUUUUU